AGCUCUCCUUUUACCGGUCUUCUUCUUCUUCUUCUUCUUCCCCCCCUGAAAAGUAUCUGUACUUGUCGAGUUUUCGUCCUUUUGCCACCUCCGCCCACUGCACGUGGCAUAUGCAGGUGAGGUUAAAGCUAGUGGGGGUUUUGUUUGUUUUGGGGGGCUGGUCGGUCGCUAGUGCGCCUUGGUGUCUUUUACGGCUUUUUGGGAGAGGUUCGUUGGAGGUUUCUGCGGGGAGAAGAAGGGAGUCAGACAGGCGACAAGCAGUGCCGUCUUGGCCCCGGGGCAGAGGCUGGGAGUGCGAAGGGGAGCCAAUGAGAGGGAGACACCCUCUCCUUCUCUCCUUCUCUGCUUCUCUGCGUCUCUCCUGCCCGGCUUGGCUGCUGCCCGGCGCGCCCUGUAAUUAGGAGCUCCACUUGCGGGCUGGGCGCCGCCACCGUGGACAACUCGGGAACGCCAGCUCCGCACUCUUGUCUUUUCGUCCCGCCGAGCGUCGACGUCCUCCACGAUGAACGGGCAGCUCUCACCUGCGUUCGAGGAGAAGAAGCCGCCCCUCCGCGCGUCCCCGAGCCUGGCGGAGACUUCACCGGCGGACGUGAGCUUCUACGGCGGCCACGGCGCUCUCCAGGGCUCGCAGGAUUUUUACGUGGCGCAGCAGUCUUACUCGGCUCAACACGUGAACCCUUACUCGUACUCCCACUACAACUUGAACGCCAUGGUUCCCGGCGGUGGCUUCCCGUGCGGAAAAGCCGAGUACACGUACCCGCACUCGGCGUACAGAGAGCCCGGGGGCUUCAGCAGAGAUUCGCAGUCAACAAUAGCGGACGGCGUGAAAGAAGAACCAGAGGUGGAGGUUCGGAUGGUAAACGGGAAGCCCAAGAAAGUUCGGAAGCCACGGACAAUUUACUCCAGCUACCAGCUGGCGGUCCUACAGAGGAGAUUCCAGUCGGCCCAGUACCUGGCCCUACCAGAGCGGGCCGAGCUGGCCGCGCAGUUGGGCCUGACGCAGACGCAGGUGAAAAUAUGGUUCCAAAACCGUCGCUCCAAAUUCAAGAAACUCUACAAGAACGGCGAGUUUCCACUGGGGGACAUCACGCUGGAGCACAGCCCAGAGGCAAGCGAUUCAAUGGCUUGCAACUCUCCUCCAUCUCCGGCUGCAUGGGAAAACAACAAUAGCAGCAGUAACCCCACCGACGACAACACAAGCAGCAGCAACGGCCUCAAGAAUAAUGCAAUGCUGGACCCUGCCAGCAGGGGGCAGGAAUCCUAUCAGCCCCCAGCUGAUUCCUCCUCAGUCUACAUCGAUGAGUAUACGCACCAGAAUUGGUACCAGGAGCAGGACGCGCAUUUAGGUUUGCAGGCAGCUGGCAGUACCCACCACCACCCAUCGUCAUCGGCGCCACCGGCUCCCGUUGGAGCCGUAUACUGAGUCCCCAACACAGACAUUGAAUGGACCCAUUCAACUUCAAUACGAGGGAAGUUUUGGGAUCACCCAGAAACGCAUACGUGAAGGUAUGCCGUCUCAAGCCGGAUGAAAACGUACUCUUAGAUUUACCAUUUUAGACAUCACCAUCGUGCCCAAAUGCAUAGAUCCAGCAGGAGAAUAAGACGAUGCCUUUUAUAUCCAAAGACCGAAGACUACUGAUAUUCCGCUAGAUCUUUGGUGUCAAACUCAAGGCCCGGGGGCCGGAUGCGGCUCGCCGCAUCGUUUUAUGUGGCCCCCGAAAAGCAAAUCGUGCUCGUCAACUUUUGCUAAAAUAUGGACCCAAAUUCCAAAUUGUCAGAAUAAACAUUAAUGUUGUUGAGCUAUUGCAUUUUUCUGUUAUCAAACCCUUCUUCUACAGUAACUUAAACAAUACUUGAACAAACUGUCAUCCUUGUCUUCUGAUUUCAAAAGACAAGUUAUCCCUCAAUUUGUUGUGUAAUGGUAAUAAUAUGAUUUGGUGCUUUAACAUUUCACUGUUCUAACGGCCCUCCGAGGGAAAUGGCAAUGCGGCCCGAGACAAAAAUGAGUUUGACACCCCUGCUCUAGGUCAAUUUUUGUGGGACAGUGAGCCUCCCCUCAGAAAAUACAAAACGGCCGGGACCUCCCCUUCUCCAUAUCCCUACUAAAUCUGAUUUUAGCAACAAUUUCAACCUUCAUUGCCUAACCUGUGUGAAAUUUAGUCAGAGAGUAUUUCAACAUGUGACUGUGGCUUCUGACACCAAAAUGAUUUGCUACUGUUCACAGCGCAUAAUCUUGCUCGCACAUCAUACAGGGUGUCCCAAAGGUUACUAUACUGGAGUAUUAUUCGGACAGACGUGAGGCCAUCAGCAUUUGACAGCUUUUAGGCUUGGAGGUUUUUGGAAGCAUAUCAUUCCCUUGCCCAUGGUUUGCCAAUUGAGAUUGGAGGCGAGGCGUUUUUCUGUCCCCAACUGUAGUUCUGCUCCAGUUUGAGAAGCUGAUGGUGAUGACGCUUUACCCGUACUCAGUUCAUUUUCUUGGGCAUUACUAUCGUCCGCUUUAAGCCUUUGAGCAACCCUUAAGUCGAUACGGGUAACGCUUUGUCACUCUCUGAAAAAUGCGCUGAAUUGAGUUUUUGUUGAUGCCAAGUUACAGUGCAGCCCUCCAGAUAGGCUUCGCAUGGACGUCUGCUCGAGGAGUUUUGGUUUUCAUCAGUGGCCGUAGUAGCGGACCUCUGCUGCGUGCGUAGUUUAUCAAGAACAGAUCCUCUUGAGAGAAACUUAGGAUAGCAUAAAUUCAACAAUGCGUUGGAGCAGCGUGACAGCCGUAAACCUUCUCAAACUGGCGCUGAACUGCAGUGGGGACAGAAAAACUUCUUUCCGGGCGGGAAUCUUGCAGCGCUGCUCCAAUGUUAAUUGGCGAGCCACGGGAAAAGGCACGACGUGCUUACAAAAAAACUGCAAAGCCUUAGCUGUCCAAUGCUGAAGGCCUCACGUCUGCCUCAAUGAUGCCAGAAAUGAAAUGGGGGGAGGAAAAUAGUCACUUUUGGGGUACUUUGUAUGAUGUGCAAGCAACAGGAAAAAAAAAAAACAAGUGCACAGUAUAAUGAUUAGAAAGAUCCUAUUUUCUGGAGUUUGUGGCUCUCCCCAGAAUGUCAAUGUCGCUUUAGUUGAGCCUUUGUAAAUUUGCAGAUAUUUGACGGAACCUGUCCUCUGUUUUUCUGCUGAAAAAUAUCAGCUAUUCAUUUUUGUUGCGCUCGAAGCCAUGUCUAAUAUAAAAAUUUUUCUUUGGCGCCAUCUUGGGACCAAGGAAGUAUGUUCAAGUGAAGGGAGGCGUUUCAUGUCGUCAGGCCUUGUUUAAUUGAGAAAAAAAAAAAAAAAAAAAGAAGUGCUUUGCUGCCAUCGUGUGGCAUCUACAGGCAAACAUUUUGGGAUGGGCGUCAAUUACUUCUCCGUCGCAUGGCUCGAGUCCUAUCCCUCCCAAAUAGUAGGUGUUCAGUGUCAUCAAUAUUGCACUAAUUAUCAACCUUUAUUGAGCCGCGGCACAUCUUUUCCUUUAGAACAUUUUCACGGCACACCACCAAACAAAAAUGGCACCAAAAGUAGAGAAUAAAAUGAAUAGAAUCCUCACAAAUUCUGGGCUGGUUCAGUUGAACACAAAGCUAUGACACAUGUAAUGGUACCUUAGCCAUCUCGUGGAAGAGCAUGUCAUAUUUCUGCCUGUCAGGUCGCUAACAUACAGUAGAUGAACAAAUGUACAUUAUUUGCAGUAAAUAAAGAAAUCAUCAUCAGACCAAUUAAGUGAAUAAUUUGGGUAUAAUUUGGCUAUCUCACGGGUGGCAAUCACUGCAGUGUUGCAAUCUGGAACAUGAACUGGCCAAUUGCAUCACAUUUUACUGGCUUAGAAGAUAAUAUGCAAUGGUAUUUAAAAAAAAAUAAAAAUAUAUAUAUAUAUCAAUAUAUCAAUACCCCUGUGCUUCAGUCCAAGAAGGCUGAUGUUGAAAUGAAACAAUAAGUAGCCCUACAAGAUACCAAAAAGAAAGCAAAUAAGAGUGCGUCAUAAUUAGUACCUGUCUUUUAACUGUUGUUUGCGGAUGAAUGCUGAGUCAUUUGAAAGUCGUCGUACAAGCACAGCAUGCGGCCGCGAUGCUCAUGACACUCGUCAGGUGAACACUCAUUAGUGUGAGAAAGUACGAAGGCGGCGGCGGACAGGCAUGUCGUCUAUCAACCUCAUGUUGCUUGAUUUGGCUUUUUCUUUGAACUUCUAUAUUUGCGAGUUUGCCAGCUUUUGAACAUUUGAUGCAUUUCAAGUUCUCAUUUUACUCUGAAAUGAAAACACCAAACAAAUCAACUAUUCGAGUUACAAAAGAAAUCAUGGAGGCGAUCUCCAAACCGAAAUGUAUUGUAAGUGUGUUUGACCCAUUAAAGUAGCCACUUUCGGCAGCUGAACACACUUGUGGCAUUAUCUCUCCGAUGGAAAUGAAAUCUACUUCCGAAAGUUCUCCCCAACUCUGUUGUGGACCUUCCCAUGACUGCGCGGCUAUUCAUUGGACUUGAACUACUUGAACUAAAAUCCAAAAUGUUGGGGUGUUCUAAAACAUUUGAGCAGUUUUGCUGCCCGUCAAAAGUGACACAACACGACCAUUUUUUUUUUUUCCCAGUGGAUGGACCGAUGGAGUGACUACUUUAAAUUAAGAACAAAGAAAAACAUGGACUUGUUCUAACACUUUUGACAUUUUAGAGCACGGCAGUUUUUUCCCCCAGUUGUUGUCGUUGUUGUUUUUUUUAAAUUGAAAGUCAUGUAGUUCAAGUGUAAUGAAUAGCCACACACUUAUGCAAACUUUCACACCAGAGUUGAGAAGAACUUUCCGGCGAAUAUUUGAUUUCCAAUUUUAGAGAUAAUGCCACAAUUGUGUUCCGCUGUUAUAUCUGCCCACGGGGGCUACUUUAAGGAGUCAAAGGUUGAGAAUAGAUUUUGGUUCGCAGAUCGAUUCCGUGAUUUCCUUUGCCACUUCAAUAGAUCGUGUUCUGUGCUUUCCUUUCAGAGUAAAAGGAGGAAUUGGACUGCAUAAAAUUCAAUUUAAAAAUUGGGGUGCAAUAAAACCUUUGGCCAGUAGUCCGCGUUUGAAACACAACGCCACGAGUAGCAUAUUGUCAUCGUCAUUAUGCAAGAAGAAAAUAAGCCAGGACGUUUACCAAACCCUAAGAAAGUAUUUCAGCCCUCAGUCUAACAAUUAAGACUCUGGGUGGUGUCAUUCAUUUAUUUUGUCAUUUAGGUAUGAGGAUACAUCGGGGUUGUAAUUAACUUAGUAGAGCAACAUGUGCCGCCAACGUCUUUGUUUCUGUAUUUGUUUGUGCUCAGUACUGCAUUACUCAUAGGUCAGACCAACUGUCAAGUGCGAUGAAUAUGACAAAAAAGGUUCUUUCGCUUGAUGCCACCUGACCAAGAGCCUUCUUCUUAAGCAUUAGUGAAACAGGGCAAAGAAUCAUUCAAUAAGAAAAAGACCGUCUCUAUACGGCGAGUUGCUGAGCUUUGUUGGCCCAGUUGCCAUGACGGCAUAUCAAAAUAUCCUUAGUUGCUUUGGCAGGAAUUUUCAGAAGUAGGAGUGGCUACAAAACAACACCAUCGCACAGUGUGCUUGAUGAGAGUUUGCAGACUGACGUACAGACUUCGAAACUACGAUACAUUUGGACUGGCCAAGGUCAUCUUGGGAUACAAUAAUCCUCUUGCGCAACACUUCAAAUGUAACGGGAACAACAAAGAAGAAAAUGACACACUCUAUAUCUAACGUACAAGAGGCAAAUGGUGCUCAAACAUUUUCAUAGAAAAUGCAUAUUUUAUUGGUAUAUGUUAUAUUAUUUUAUUUAUAUAUUUUGGAUCAAAUUUGGUACAACUGUCUGUACAUUUGAAAUAAAACAUUUUGACUUGA